AUGAAGUUCUCGGUUGUCUCUGUCCUGGCUUUGGCCAGUGGUGCCCUCGCUGGCGCAUACUCCAACGACACGGUUGUCUACGAGACCAUCACCACCACUGCCCUCACUACCUGGUUCUGGGAGGGGGCGGCUUCGGACUGCCAGACGACCAGUGCUAACUUUGGUGAAGACUGCCCUUCUGCCACCACCAUCGUUCACGGCACCCAGACCUACACCGUCACCGAGGCCACCACUCUCACGAUCACCGACUGUCCCUGCACCUUCACCCAGCCCAUCAUCAGCAAGCCCACCCCUUCCACCGUCCUCUACACCUCCUGCCCCCCCACCUCCGACGCGGGCACGCCAGCCACCUACCCGGCGGGCCCCCCGGCCGCGUCGGGCCCCGUCUACAGCAACCCGCUGACCACGUACCCGGCGGGCGCGCCCACCACCAAGCCCGCGGGGGCCACCAAGCCGAUCGGGCCCGAGAAGCCCUCGGGGACCGCCUCGUACGCCACCCCGGCGACCUCGUACCCGGCGACCUUUACCGGUGCCGCGUCGGCUCACCAGGUCGGGGGGGGCUUGGUCGUGGGAGCUGCUGCUGCUGCUCUUGCUGCUUUUGCGUUGUAG